AUGGCCCUUAACUGCAUGGAUCUAGACUCACGAGUAUCAUGCUCAAAACCCUCAUCUGAGGAGGCAUGGCAAAACAGGCUCCUCUCCAGCAUUCAUAUAUGCGAUGAGUAUCUUAGUGCCUUACUUAAAUUGUCGGCAAUAUCGCGAGAUGAAAGGGGAUACAUCAAAGUCAUGGUCACGAUACGGUGCUUUGUACCUCAAAAGUUUGAAGACCGCCACGUCAGUGACGAGCUCGCUCAGGAUAUCUUCAAUCUGGCAAUUGAAACUAGAGUAAAAGAAAAGCUACGAAGCAUUGAAUCCAUCCAUGGUUACGGCUGGAAUGUCGAUUCUUCACCUACAGACGACCGGCAUCUGGUGGCUUACUGGUAUGGAGAGGCGGAACCCGAACUACCUGAGACAAUCCGAUACAGCUCUUUUGUUGAACUUCGAAAACUACACUAUGACCCCCUUCACUGGUAA